AUGACGAGCGGACGUGCUUGUUGCUGCUCCCAAAUUUUUGGGCUUUUAAUACUGUUGGUUAUCUGUAUUUUACAAAAUGUCGAAUACAGCGACUACUGUAACCUUAUUGACCAUCCUGGCUUGGUUAACAUAUCAUUUCAUCAAACGGGAAAGGAAUUAAGGAACUCUAAGUUACUGCCAUAUAAUCAAAAUCGCAUGUUUACUACAACCAAGGUCAAAAGAUCGAACUUCAACUUUUAGACCGAUCCUGCAGCUUCUCCAUGACAUCGAGCUUAAUCCAGAACCUAACAAUUACUCGACUAGCGAUUCAAGAACGACUAAGAUUAAUGUAAAGAUUGCACAUCUCAAUGUACGGUCAUUAAAAUGCAGAGAACAUUAUGUGCUUGUAAAAGAAACCAUCCUCACUAAUAAGUUCGAUAUAUUUACAAUAUCAGAAACAUGGCUUGAUAAUUCUGUUACAGACGUUGAAUUCGAAGUCCCUGGCUACAAACUUUACCGAGUGGAUCGAGAAAACAAAAAAGGCGGUGGUAUAUGUGUAUAUGUAUUGCAAAACUACGAAAGUGUGUUACUAAAGCGAAAUCUCGUAUAUAUCUCCCACGGGACUCCAUGAACUUUGGCUAAGAAUUCAGAUUAGAAACUUAAAAUCCAUUGUGGUUUGCACGGUGUAUAGACCUCCUGAUGCCUCCAUGUCUUGUCUAGACUCAGAUCUAAUUACAAGUUACAUUUCAGCUUUAACGCUUUCCCAUCCAAUAUACGUACUGGGGAACCUAAACUGCAAUCUUAUGAAAACUGACAACCGUGACGCCAAAGCUCUUAAUACGUUCUGCCAUUCUUACAAUUUAACUCAACUUAUCAACUCACCAACCCAAGUUACUGAAGGUUCUAAAUCGCUAUUAGACGUGAUUAUUGUUUCUGAGACAAAACAAGUCCAAAAAGCAGGAGUUAUGGAAAGUUCAAUUAGUGACCAUGAUUUAGUUUAUGUUGCACUUUGCCUCAAAAAGGCAUGCACAAAACCUGUUUUUAUUACAACAAAGAACACAAAAUAAGAUCUGAAAUCAGACUGGCUGAGCGUGAAUUUAUAAAGGAUCAAAUUAACAAGAAUCCAAAUAACACCAACAACAUCUGGAAAGCUAUUCGCCUUUGUAUCCCUAACAAGUCAUCCUCUCAAAUGAUCUUUAGUAAAGAUGACAAAACUGUAGCGAAUGAUUUCAACCAGUUUUUUGUUUCUGUUGGUCAAAACACAGUUGAGGACAAAUGAAUGUGGUUAUCGACGCGAUGUAUCCUUUAUUCCGAGACAAUACCCAUUGUCAGAACAGUUUUCAUUUAGAACUACUGACAGUGAAGAAAUUAGUCAAAUUAUAAGCUCAAUGUCUUCCAAUAAAGCCCCAAGAAUUGAUCAAAUUCGCGUAAUAAGAGACUGUCUGACAUCUAUACUGCCUACACUUACAUCUAUUGUUAAUUCCUCACUAGCUACUUCUACCUUUCCCACUGUUUGGAAAAUAGCAGAAGUAACACCCAUUCCUAAAGAUGGAAAUCAUGAACAAGCGAUCAACAAUAGACCUAUUUCAUUAUUACAUGUAUUGUCGAAAGUCUGCAAACGAGCUGCCUAUAAUCAGCUUUCUUCCUAUUUAUUAGAAAAGGAAAGAUUAACGCAACACCAGAGUGGAAAUAAGAAAUGGCACUCCACCAAAACUUCUGUUAUUCAAACUACAGAUGCCAUCCUCAAUGCCAUAGACAAAAAGAAGCUUACUGCUACAGUCUUUUUGGACAUGAGCAAGGCGUUCGACAGCAUUGAUCAUGAAUUAUUAAUAUCUAAAUUGGAAGAUAUUGGAGUCUCCAAUAUGACACUUCUUUGGUUUCGCAGUUAUCUUUCAAACAGAAAACAAGUUGUAAAGAUCCACUCAACUAAAUCAGAACUUCUUCCUGUGGUCAGUGGUGUACCCCAGGGAAGCAUUCUCGGCCCUCUUUUGUUUACCAUAUAUGUUAAUGACUUGCCAUCCAUUCCAGAGAAAUGUAAAUCUAACAGUUAUGUGGAUGACACAAAACUUAGCGUUUCCUUCCAUCUACAAAACAAGCAAGGUGCCAUUGAAGAUAUGAAUGAGGAUCUUUUGAAAGUGCGAAACUGGUGUUUCAACAACCUUCUCUUAUUAAAUCCAAAAAAGACAAAGCUCAUGGUUUUUGGAAGUAGACACAAAUUAGCGGACCUAAAUGAGUUUAGCCUGUCCCUACUUGGGAAAAAUAUAUUCCCUUCCGAAACAGUGAAAGAUCUAGGAGUUACUCUUGACCUUCUCCUUUCUUAUGACGAACACGUAACUAAGACGAUCUCUUCGUGUAUGUCCCGCCUCGGUCAGAUAAAUUGUGUUAAACAUGUACUGGACAGGCAAACACUUAUCACUGUAAUAAACGCUCUUGUCUUCAGCAAGUUAUUUUACUGUUCGAAUGUUUGGGCCAAUACAACUGGCAAAAACAUAAACAAAUUACAAUCUGUACAGAACUUUGCCUGUCGUAUCAUUAGCAGAGCAUGAAA